UCAUGCUAGCUCAGCUAAUAAAAAUGAUACUGUGCUUUUAGAUGCAUAUCAACUCAAAGAACUUUAUUCUCAAUAUAUAAUUCGAGUAGCAGGAAAAUAUUAUAUAGUAAUUGACUAUCUUUCUAAAAUUUAUAGAAUACUUGAUACCUAUGAAUAUAUUGAUAGAAAUCAACCUCUUCGUUUGAUUAUUGAUAUUGAUGCAAAGCAAAAGUCUGAUCAAAAUAAUUUUGAACUUCCUUCUCUAGAUAGUGAAAAAAUUAUUUGUGGAGAUUUGAUGUCUCAAAUUUUGGUUGCUUGUAUAGAUACAUUAAGCCUAAUACCAGAUUAUUAUAGAAAACUUAAAGGCUUUACUGAAAAAGUUAUUGAAUUUAGUUGGAAAACCUUAUUCAAAGUUUAUUGA